GUUUGAAUUUACACACAAGAAACAGACGGGUGGAGCAGGCCAGUAUGGCAAAGUCAUAGGCGUUCUGGAGCCCCUGGAUCCGGAGGACUACACAAAAUUAGAGUUUGAAGAUAGAACCAUUGGCACAAAUAUCCCAAAACAAUUCAUCCCUGCUGUUGAAAAGGGAUUCCGAGAAGCAUGUGAAAAAGGUCCGGUGUCAGGGCACAAAAUAUCUGGAGUCCGGUUCGUCCUGGAUGAUGGUGCACAUCACAUGGUGGACUCCAAUGAGAUCUCUUUCAUCCGAGCAGGAGAAGGAGCCCUAAAGCAAGCUAUGGAAAACGCCACCGUGCGUAUUCUCGAACCCAUUAUGGCGGUGGAGGUGAUGGCACCCGUUGAAUUCCAAGGAGUGGUGAUAGCUGGAGUUAACCGCCGUCACGGAGUGAUCACAGGACAGGACGGCACAGAGGGUUACUUUAUUCUCUACGCGGAGGUGCCGCUGAACAAUAUGUUUGGAUAUGCCACUGAGCUGAGGUCUUGCACAGAGGGAAAGGGUGAAUAUACAAUGGAAUACUGUAAGUAUCAGCCGUGUUCGCCGAGCACUCAAGAAGAAAUAGUUAACAAAUACCUCGAAGCAACGGGACGACUUCCUGCGAAAAAGGGCAAAGCCAAGAGCUGA